UGAUAGACGUAAACAAAGCAAAUUCACCGACCAAACAUUCACAUGCACAUGUCUACAAUGUAGCACGAAACCAUAAAAUUCAUAUAAUAUUGUAAAAAGUUAUCCAUUAUACAUGUACUUGUGGAAUAUAAUAGUAUAGUAUCCGAGUUAUAGAAAAACAGAUGCAUCAUGGGUAGAACUAAGACUAUCAGCGGUGGUGGUGGAACAAACAGUCCAUCCUCAUCAGACAGCAAUCCAGCUUCAACUACAGCACAAAAAUCUGAAACCAGAAUAAAAGAUUUACUGAAGGAAUUGUAUACUUUAAUUCAUAAUGUUCAGGAUGAAAGGGCUCGCGGGGAACACAACUUGACAAAUAUUUCAAAGACACAUGAAAGAAUGCAACAGGAACAGAGAGUGACACCGUACUACAAGACUAAAUUGAAAGGCCUGUACAAGACAGCCAUGCAGGAUGCUGAAGUAGAAGCAGAACUUUUAAGGAAAGCUUUAGAUAAGAUAUCAGAGAUAAAGUCUAUCAGAGAACAAAGGAGAAUUGCUGAUUCAGAUAGACCUAAGCCUAUAAUGAGAAGGGGUGUACUUAUGUCUAUGUUACAACAGAAUGCCAGCACACUGCCAUUGUGGGUUAGCAAGCCUGGAGAAAAGCCCCCUCCACUGUGUGGUGCUGUACCUGCAGACAACAAUUACAUAGCCAAACCAGGAGAUAAGGUUGCUGCCAGAGUGAGGUCAGAUGAUGAGGAGAAUUGGAUCUUGGCAGAGGUUGUGUCCUUCAACGCAUCAGCCAAUAAAUAUGAUGUGGAUGACAUUGAUGCUGAUGAAGGAAAAGAAAGACACACAUUGAGUAAACGAAGAAUAGUAGCACUACCAAUAUGGAAAGCUAAUCCUGAGACAGAUCCUGCUGCUUUGUUUGGUAAAGGAUCUUUGGUGCUGGCAUUAUAUCCACAGACUACUUGUUUCUACAGAGCACUGAUACAUGAACCACCAAAGAAGCAAGGAGAUGAAUACUCGGUACUAUUUGAAGAUACAUCCUACCCUGAUGGGUAUUCCCCUCCACUGAUGGUUGCUCAAAGAUAUGUCAUUCUGUGUAAAGAGGAUAAGAAGAAAUGAAUAGUGCUAUGUCAUCAAAAUAGUGUAUUCUGGGAGUUUAUAUUUCUCAGCUGCAAUAUUUUUGCAGUAAAAUAUGUAAACUUUGAAACUGCAUGUAUGUUUAUCUCAAAAUUAAAAGAUACCUAUCAAAUUAAAUGCUUACAUGUUUUCAAUGUAUAUUUUGAACAAUUAGUCAUUGUUGCUUUAAGCAGUAUCUUCAGAAUAUAAAGGGUGAGGAAAAUGGUAUGUGAGUGAUAGCAUACUGUGUUUUUGUUUACUUCAUUGUUUUUAUAGAAUAUUAUUAAGGACUGUUUAUAUUGUUAUUAAACAUUCAUAUAUAAAUGAAGGAGAUAUUGUAUGAUUGUUAAUGAACUCUAUAUCAUCUUUUUCAAGGGGUGGGUUACACUUUAUAUAUUCCAUACAUUGAAGCAAUUUCAAAAUUCAUUGACAUUCUGAACAGUUGUUUUAGGAAACCCACUCAUAUAUGAGAUUUCUUAAUGCCAACCCUAGGGGCCACAUACGGCAGAUAUAAUAGGCCUCAGCUAAUCUUAGUACUUGUAGGUGUAUCAAUUUAUGUUAUAAAUAUAUUAAUGUAUUUUUUUGUUUCCCCAAUAGAUAAUAAUUAUCUGGCUUGAAUUAUUUUUGUUGCCUCUGUACAUUAUUUAUCUGAACAGCUACUAUUUAAACUGAUUGAUAAUAUUGCAUCAAAUUUGAAAGUCCCAUAACUCUAGAAUGUCAAACAAAAAAAAUUAUAUAAUUAAAAGCUAGUCUAUAUUCACCAAUCCCAAUAACAGCGUCAAGUUUGUAGUAAUUUGGUCCACAAAUAUCAAAGCCAGUGCAUGACAUUUAAAAAUUGACAUUUAAAAAUUGACAUUUAAAAAUACUUUUAAAUUAUCUGACGGUCAAAGUCCCAUAACUCUAUAAUGACAUAUCAGAAUAUUUUUUUAGUUGAACUGUGUGUCAAGUUCACCCAUUCCAGCAAUUAUGUAAAGUUUCCUGUAAAUCAAACCAAGCAAACUCAAGUUAUGAAACAUCAUGUGAAAUUUUUUUUUAAAUCUGACAAAAGUUCCAUAACUCUGUAACGACAAACCAAAAAAUUUAGAAAAUCAAAAGGGAGCUGCCUUUUAUCAAUUCCAACAAUACUGCAAAGUUUUGAGGAAAUCUAUCAGGUGUACUGGAGUUUAAGCAGGAUAUGUGAAAAAUUGCCUUAAAUCUAAACAGUUAAUGUGGAAUGACAAAAAUUUCAAAAUCAAAAGUGAGCUUUCUUUCGUCAUUCCUAAGUUCUGUUCAAAUUACAUGAGAAUUGGUCAAAGCAAAUUUGUGUAGGAGUUAUUACAUAUACCCUUAAUUCCCUGAAAAAAUAACAUUUUUUGCGAUUAUUUUAGAAUCAUCCACCUUAAAAGGAGUAAGAACAUGAAGGGUUAAAUUGGCCCUAAGAAUUUUGAUGUUUUUUUUAAUUUGGCCAAAAUACUACAAAUUUCACAUAGAAAUAGUUGUCAUAAAACUAUUAAUACAAAAUAACUUUUUUUGGCACAUCACAUUAAAAAUGAUGAAGAAAUUACCCCUCAAGUAUGCAUUAAUUAGUGUUGUAACGUCAGUUAUGGUCAAAUUUUCAACAAUUCUUAACAGUUUUUAACAUAAUUUACUUUGGCUGCCUUCCCGGAUCAAGAAUGUUUUCGUGUCAAGGUAUUCAAUAUUGUCAUUGGCAACAGAUCAUUUUGGAUCCUAGGUUGCGGCCAAGGAUUUCCUAAAGCUUUUCGCUCCGAAAAAUGCACAAGAUCAUUGUUUUUUGACAGUAUAUCCAAAAUGUGCUGAAUUUUGAAGCCUAAAAUGUACUCUAAUGAAGAGAUUUGUUUAACCUAGUAGUAAGGCUUUUGAAAUAGAUCCAUUUAAGAACCAAAUUAUGAUCAUUUUGAUAUUUUAUGAUAAAGUUGAAUUUCAAGGCCAUAUUUCACUUAGUUCAUAUAUUAAAGUGAACCUUGUCCUUUAACUUUUGACAUUUUCCCAUUUAAUAGCUGAGUGUGCCUUACAUUUAAAAUGUGAUUUUUUUCCCUCAAACAGUAUCUUGAGAACUGCUUUCUGUAUUUUGGUUAAGAUUUUCUAACAAAUAUAUGGAUCAGAUAGAUUUGUUAAUAUUUUCUCCUUAAGCCCCCUUAUCUUUCAAACAUGUUUUUAUUUCAGGCAAAAACUAAAUAAAAUUGUUCUCCUUGUAUUCAAAUACAUGUACUGUAUUCAGUUGUAUAAACAAAAGACAUUUUCAUUAAUUUUUUCGUAUCAUUUUAGUUUGUUUCAUCAUUUCUCAUUUGCAUUUUUCAUUAAUUUCAAUUCAUGUAAUUUUUAAUCUAUUUUAUUUAUCAAUAAAGUUACUUAUUUUAUUUUGUUCAAGUUAUAAUUGUUUUGUAUUAAUAAUCUUGUUACAAAAUGUCUGCACAUUAUGUAGUUCUGUAAUAGUUUUUAUAUCUGUACCAAGUACAAGAUAUUGUAACAUGUAUUGUUGGAAAAUAAAAUUAAAAUAACUA